AUGUUGAAAAAGCUCCCCAAGUCAAAGGCCGGGCGAGACCGCAGCGACAGCACAGACUCCGACGCCACUCUUGUCGGGGAUUUGGGGGAGCAGGACUUCACGAUACUUUCGAAGUCGAAGGAGUCUCCUCGGUCUGCAAACCUGGUGCGACACAUAUCCUGGGCGGCGGAACCAGUCAAGCCGCCCAAGAGAAUCAUCGUCACUGUCCACGACGUCGGGAAUGACUCUGAUUUGUACUCGGACCCAUCAACGGACUCCGACACAACAGCCCAGGGAGGAAACAGAGGUGAAGGGCUGUUAAAACCCACCCGCGGAGACUCCGUGCGUCGCCGCAGAACCCCAUCACCCUACCCGGACAAACCGGAAGACCACUCCAACUCGCGAUAUCUUUCGCCAGCCGCGCCACGCCCCAUCCCCACAGGCCAGCCCGGAGCGUCGGACCCCAACCCAGUCAACGCCGCCAACCCCAAGACUUCCAACCAAGCCAAACCCACCUCGCGACAAGUCGCCCAACCCCUCCUCCCACCCCCUCCCCGCCGCACCUGCCAGUGCCCCCACUGCGCCUCAACAGGCCUCCCCGUCCCGCCGCUGCCGCGCCGCCGCCACCGCCGACGCCUCUCAGCAGGCUGGAUCCCCACAGACCCGAGCCGCGACUCGGGAGCCGUGGCCGAGGAGCGGGCGCCACGCCUGCUGUGGGAGACGACGGAUUCAGCGGUGGUGGCGAGCGUGCGGCCGGCGCGGGGCCGGACGGCCGGGCGGGGCCAUGCCGAGUGGGCGCCUUCGCACUCGCCGGCGCCCGGGUGGCGAUUUCGGGAGGGGGUGGAGGGGCUUUGGGGGGUUGAUGCGGGGGAGCUGAGGGAGGUUUUGGGGAGGGUGAAGGGGGAGAGGGAGGGGUGGGAGGUGGGGAUGGGGAUGAGGAAGGAGGGGAAAGGUGGUGGGGGUGGUUUGGUUGGGAGUAGUCGUGAGACGGGGCCGUGGUCGUGGCGGAAUUCGGUGAUGUGGGAGAUGGAUUGUUAUCAUGAUCUUUUUGGGAUGUACUUGGGGUGA